GCCCCUCGCCUGCCUCGUCCCGCCCCUUCGGGGAUAGGGACAGCGCGGCUUCCGCCGGGAGCCCGGAACCGAGCCGGGGACGGUGCGCCAGUGCCCCUCCGCGAGCCCCAACCCGUAGACGGUUCCCUCCCGCGCCCCAAUUUCGAUUUUCAAACGCAACUCCUACAGGAUUCUGAGACCCCGUCCCAUCUCCCAUAUCCCAUUUCCAGCUGCAAAUUACUGCAGAAUCUGAACCCAGGAAAGAAACCCAUUUGCCGACCCCCUCUUCCCUCUCCAGACAGGUGGAGAGCGGGUGAGGGUCUCGCUCGGCUUUCCCCCUGCACCUUUCCCACCCUCCCGCCCGUCCCUGGGGGUCCUCCGUCACCGCGGCCAUGGCCCAGAAGCCGAAGGUGGACCCCCACGUCGGGCGGCUGGGAUACCUGCAGGCGCUGGUCACGGAAUUCCAGGAGACCCAAAGCCAAGACGCCAAGGAGCAAGUCCUCGCCAACCUCGCCAACUUCGCUUAUGACCCCAGCAACUACGAGUAUCUGCGGCAGCUGCAGGUCCUGGAUUUAUUUCUCGAUUCGCUGUCGGAGGAGAAUGAGACCCUGGUGGAGUUUGCUAUUGGAGGCCUGUGCAACCUGUGCCCAGACAGGGCCAACAAGGAGCACAUCCUGCACGCAGGAGGUGUCCCACUCAUCAUCAACUGCCUAUCCAGCCCCAACGAGGAGACCGUGCUGUCUGCCAUCACCACGCUCAUGCACCUGAGCCCGCCGGGCCGCAGCUUUCUCCCAGAGCUGACCGCCACGCCCGUGGUGCAGUGCAUGCUUCGCUUCUCCCUCUCGGCCAGCGCCAGGCUCCGGAACCUGGCGCAGAUCUUCCUGGAGGACUUCUGCUCCCCCCGCCAGGUGGCCGAGGCCCGCAGCCGGCAGGCUCACUCUGCCCUGGGUAUCCCACUGCCGAGGAGCGUGGCCCCACGGCAGCGCUGAUCCAUGGAGACUGCGAGACCCUGGCACCCCUACUGCUGGAGAACACGGUCCUGAUGUGGACGCAGGGAACAGGGGGAGCACAUACUGCCCCAUUGGUGCCUUUUCAGCCAUCUGAAAGGCGGGUUCUUUCAGCAGGACGGGCAUUUACACUGAUGAAACGCCACUGGGAGUGAGGAGGCCAGACUCCGGAGACACGGAGAAGAUCAAACUGGAGCUGCGUUCAUAGGCUGGCACUCUCAACCCUACAUCUGGUGCCACCACCACCAGGCUCAGGCCCUGGUGUAAGAAGCGGCCAAGUGCCUGGACCCAGAAGCUCUGCAGGACAGUGUUCUCAGGAGCUGGGCCUGAGGCUUAGGAGAGCUGCCUUCGCUGCAGGAAAUCAGAGAUUAUCCCUUAACAGAAGUGUCUGGAGUAGUUCUCAGGGAUAGGAAUGCGAUGCCUCGUGGUGAAAGGAUCUCACCCUGGGAAGAUGUGGUGCCCCCUCCAGGGCUCUGGAGGAUGGAUGCCUCCCCCAGGGGCUCUCCAAGCUGGGCAUUUGGGCCUGGUGGAUGCCAACCUGGAUAACCUGUGGCCCAGCAUUGACUGUCCACCCAGCCCUGCUGUUAGGCACCAUGACUCCAAGAUGAAGAUGUGGUCCCUGCCCUUGAGUGACAGCUCAGGGACUUAAUGUGGCCAUCGGGCAUCAAGCACAAGGCCAUGCAGGUGAUGAUACGUCUGAAUAGAGGCACCAGCCCUGGUAACUGCAUCUUCUCCCCUUGCCACCCCAUGGCCCCAACUGAAAGCUUCGGCCCUCCUCCCCCACUCACCACCCAUGGCCCCGGCUGAAAGCUUCGGCCCUCCCCCACUCGCCACCCCAUGGCCCCGGCUGAAAGCUUCAGCCCUCCUCUGCUGUCACUCAAUGAUGGGGAGCCCUACCCCAGAAGUGUAUCUCAUGAGGGCAUCAGGGACGCAGUGAGAGUGUUGCUCAAGGGAGUCAGGAAGAGACGGCAACGUAAAGGAUGUGGCUCCAUGUCCAUGGUGCCCCCUGGUCAACGGAGCGUGGGAUCCGAUGGAAAGGUGGAGCUCAGGGAAAAUGGGGGUCCUUGCCUCUCGUGUACCCCUCAAGGCUGACCCCCCUAGAUGGCCCAGGAAUGGCAGGUGCUACAAGAAUGGUACCCACGUGGGCAUGGAAAUGGGGCAAAUUAGGGGACCACUGGACUCAGAGGGGAGGGAAGGGUUCAUCAGCACCCGCUCAGGGAGCCUGUCCCUUUAUGUUCCCAAAUAAAGGGUCCUAGAAGACUAGAAA